UUGAGCACAGUGUUCUUCCCCUGCUCCUCUCCUUUCCAGACAAGCCAAAUUGUUUCUGUGCCGCCGUGGAUGUGAAGUUUCCCCCCUCCUCCUGCCACUGCCUCUGCCUCUUCUCCUCCCCAAACUCCCCCCGGGGCCUGAAUCAGCAGCUGCAGAGCCCGAAAAGCUCUGCCCGGAUCUGCAGAUGGAAUAUGGACAAGGAGAUGGAUAGCAGGAGGGGAGAAGGAGUGAAGUUGGUUAUUUUUCUGGCACAUGGAUGCAAUUACGCUCCGUGCAUUCCAGAGGCGUUCCUUUGAAUCCUGGGCAGGUUCUGCCUGCCGUUCCUGGGAGAAAGGAAGGAAAAAAGGGGAGGAAAAGUCCCUCUGGCUUGGAGGCGGAAUGUCUGCACUUCCAAUUCUCUUCUUAGCUUCCUGCUCCGUUUGGGUGUGCGAGGCUCAGACUGAGUUCAAGAGGGUGGCCGAGGAGAACGUGACGCUGCCCUGUCACCACCGCCUGGGCCUGCUGGAGCAGGGCAGCCUGGACAUCGAGUGGCUGCUGCACGUCUCGGAAACCGUGCAGAAGGCGGUGAUCACCUACUCCGGGGGCCGUGUCUAUGAUGACCUGAACGAGGAGCAGAAAGGCCGCGUUUCCUUCACAUCCAACUUCCUGGCUGGAGAUGCCUCCUUGCAGAUCAUCUCCCUGCAGUCCAGCGAUGCAGGGAAGUACAUCUGCAAGGUUAAAAACGCUGGGCAGUAUGAAUGGGCUCGAAUCACCCUCAAGGUGGUAGAGAAACCUUCCAAGCCCAAGUGCUGGCUGGAGGGGGAGAUGCUGGAAGGGAAGGAGCUGUCCCUGCAGUGCCGCUCUGCCUCGGGCACCGUGCCCAUCUCCUACCGCUGGCAGCGCAUCAAUGAGGAGGACAGAGUGGAGCACCUCCCGCCCAACUCCAGAGUCAACAUUUCUAAUCCUGGGCAAGUCCUGCUGAAGAACCUCACGCAGAUGAGCACAGGGUUGUACCAGUGUGUGGCCACCAACGAGGCUGGGCAGGAGAGCUGUGCUGUGCAGGUGACAGUGCAGCAUGCCCAAAAUAUCGGCAUGAUCGCCGGGGCAGCGUGUGGGGUGGUGGUGGGACUCUCCCUCCUCCUCCUGGUGGUGAGGCUGACGAUAAGGAGGAAUGAAAAGAAGAGAUAUGAGGAAGAGGAGGCACCAAAUGAAAUCAGAGAAGAUGCAGAGGCACCCAAGGCCCAUCUGGUCAAGCCCAGCUCCUCCUCCUCUGGCUCCAGGAGUUCCCGCUCAGGUUCCUCCUCCACCAGGUCCACAGCCAACAGUGCCUCCCGCAGCCAGCGGACUUUGUCCACGGAAGCCACCCCCCACCUCACCCCUCCCCAGUACAGCCAGAGGGAGAGGGAAGGGAAGGAGAUGGAGCCAAAGAAGGUCGACUACAACAACCUGAUGAAGAUGGGAGCCACGCUGGUGAUGGUGCCUGCCCAGAGCCGGGCGUUCCAGACCGUGUGACCCUCGGCAGGCUCCUGCUGCCCAGAAACACCUCACACACCACCAGCCACGUAGGAGUCGUUAGAUUAGCUAAUUAUCUUCCUGGUCAGCUUAAUUUUAAUCACUUGUGAUUAUUCACACCACAAAGAAGCCCUCCCACUUAAAACUCUCGUCCAUCUUCCAGCACUGAGGUUCUGAUCCAGGAUUUUCUUUUC